AUGUCUCGGCGAAAGCAGCGGAAACCCCAACAGUUAAUCUCGGACUGCGAAGGUCCCAGCGCGUCUGAGAACGGUGAUGUGAGCGAGGACGACCACCCCCAAGUCUGUGCCAAGUGCUGCGCACAAUUCACUGACCCAGCUGAAUUCCUCGCCCACCAGAAUGCAUGUUCUACUGAUCCCCCUGUAAUGGUGAUAAUUGGGGGCCAGGAGAACCCCAACAACUCUUCGACCUCUUGCGAGCCUCGGCCUGAGGGCCACAGUAGUCCGCAGGCCAUGGAGGCCGAGCAAAGCAACCCCUCGGACUGCGCGUCCUCUGUACCCACAGAUCCCACCUGGGGGCCCGAGCGGAGGGGAGAGGAGUCUUCCGGGCACUUCCUCAUUGCUGCCACAGGUACAGCAGCUGGGGGAGGUGGGGGCCUGAUCUUGGCCAGCCCCAAGCUGGGAGCAACUCCAUUACCACCGGAGUCCACCCCUGCACCCCCUCCUCCUCCGCCUCCUCCUCCCCCCACAGGGGUAGGCAGUGGCCACUUGAACAUCCCUCUGAUCUUGGAAGAACUCCGGGUGCUGCAGCAGCGCCAGAUUCAUCAGAUGCAGAUGACUGAGCAAAUCUGCCGGCAGGUGCUGCUGCUAGGCUCCUUAGGCCAGACAGUGGGCACCCCUUCCAGUCCCUCGGAGCUACCUGGGACAGGGACUGCCUCCUCCACCAAGCCCCUGCUGCCUCUCUUCAGUCCCAUCAAGCCUGUCCAAACUGGCAAAACACUGGCACCUUCCUCCACCUCCUCCUCAGGGGCAGAAGCACCCAAGCAGGCUUUCUUCCACCUUUACCACCCCUUGGGGUCACAGCACCCUUUUUCUGCUGGUGUGGUCGGGCGAAGCCACAAACCCACCCCUGCAGCCUCUCCGGCCCUGUCGGGCAGCACGGAUCAGCUGAUCGCCUCGCCUCACCUGGCAUUCCCAGGCACUACGGGACUCCUGGCAGCGCAGUGUCUUGGGGCAGCCCGGGGCCUCGAGGCUGCUGCUUCCCCAGGGCUCCUGAAGCCAAAGAAUGGAGGUGGAGAGUUGGGUUACGGGGAAGUGAUGGGCCCCUUGGAGAAGCCCGGUGGGAGGCACAAGUGCCGCUUCUGCGCCAAAGUAUUUGGUAGUGACAGUGCCCUGCAGAUCCACCUGCGUUCCCAUACAGGCGAGAGACCCUAUAAGUGUAAUGUGUGUGGCAACCGCUUUACCACGCGAGGCAACCUCAAAGUGCAUUUCCACCGGCAUCGGGAGAAGUACCCACAUGUGCAGAUGAACCCUCACCCGGUGCCAGAGCAUCUCGACUAUGUUAUCACCAGCAGCGGCCUGCCCUAUGGUAUGUCGGUGCCGCCAGAGAAGGCCGAGGAGGAGGCAGCUGUGCCGGGUGGAGGUGUGGAACGCAAGCCUCUGGUGGCCUCCACCACCGCCCUCAGUGCCACAGAGAGCCUCACGCUGCUCUCCACCGGUGCAGGCACCACUACGGCCCCUGCGCUUCCUGCUUUCAAUAAGUUUGUGCUCAUGAAAGCAGUAGAGCCAAAGAAUAAAGCGGAUGAAAACACCCCGCCAGGGAGUGAGGGCUCAGCCAUCGCCGGGGUGGCAGAAAGUGGCGCAGCAACCCGUAUGCAGCUAAGUAAGCUGGUGACAUCACUGCCCAGCUGGGCCCUGCUUACCAACCACUUGAAGUCCACUGGUAGCUUCCCCUUCCCUUAUGUGCUGGAGCCCUUGGGGGCUUCACCCUCCGAGACCUCCAAGCUUCAGCAGCUGGUAGAAAAGAUUGACCGUCAAGGAGCUGUGGCAGUGGCCUCUACUGCCUCGGGUGCCCCCACAACCUCUGCCCCUGCAGCUUCAUCAUCAGCCUCAUCUGGACCCAACCAGUGUGUCAUUUGUCUCCGGGUGCUGAGCUGUCCUCGGGCACUGCGCCUGCAUUACGGUCAGCAUGGAGGUGAGCGGCCCUUCAAAUGCAAAGUGUGUGGCAGAGCUUUCUCUACCCGAGGCAAUCUGCGUGCACAUUUCGUGGGCCAUAAGGCUAGUCCAGCUGCCCGGGCCCAGAACUCCUGCCCCAUUUGCCAGAAGAAGUUCACCAACGCUGUUACUCUGCAGCAGCAUGUUCGGAUGCACCUGGGGGGCCAGAUCCCCAACGGUGGCACUGCACUCCCUGAAGCGGGGGGAGCUGCCCAGGAAAACGGCUCUGAGCAAUCGACAGUCUCCGGAGCGGGGGGCUUCCCCCAGCAGCCAUCCCAGCAGCCAUCCCCAGAGGAGGAGUUGUCUGAAGAAGAGGAAGAGGAUGAAGAAGAGGAAGAAGAUGUGACCGAUGAAGAUUCCCUGGCCGGAAGAGGCUCUGAAAGUGGAGGGGAGAAGGCCAUAUCCGUGCGAGGUGAUUCAGAAGAGGCCUCUGGCACUGAGGAGGAAGUGGGGACUGUGGCAGCGGUGACCACAGCUGGGAAGGAGAUGGACACUAAUGAGAAGACCAUUCAACAGCCGUGUCUGCUGCCGCCGCCACCAGCUGACACCCUGGAUCAGACACAGCCAAUGGAGCAGGGAGGCAGUGAUGCUGCCGGAGGCACGGAAGAGGGGGCAAAACCGGAGAGGAGCUCCAGCCCAGGGUCAGCGCUGGCCCUUGAAGGGGAAGGCAGCAGCACCCCCUUGGUGGAGGAGCUGAGCCUGCAGGAAGUGAUGAGAAAGGAGCCCGGGGAGAGCAGUGGCCGAAAGGCCUGUGAGGUGUGUGGCCAGACCUUUCCCAUCCAGGCAGCUCUGGAGGAGCAUCAGAAAACCCACCCCAAGGAGGGGCUGCUCUUCACUUGUGUUUUCUGCAGGCAGGGCUUUCUCGAGCGGGCUACCCUCAAGAAGCACAUGCUGCUGGCCCACCACCAGGUGCACCUGAGCACCCACAUAUGGAAUUACAGCCCACCCCAAAGGGGGCAGCACCUGUCCCUGGAGGGCCUAGGGCCACUCCUCUCUGGUGACCAGGUCAACCUGCAUGACUUCUUGUCCCAGGGCAUUCCUUCCCAGCUGGUGAGGGUGGGCCCGCUGUCUCUUUGGAACCAGGACACAACCUUCCUGUCAAGUGACCUGCCCACCAAGCCCCAAACUUCCAGUUCCAUCUCCAUCUCCACUACCACUUCAGGCCCUGCACGACCAGUGCUGUUUGGCCCAGGAACUGAGGCCGGGAAGUUGCCUCCAGCAGUGGGAUCCAGAGAAACGAAGGAGACGAGAGCUCCCCUUUUCCUCUUUUGGCCUCUUGCAUCCAAGACAGUGCCUGGAAAGCCCAUCAUAAAGAGAAGUAGCAGAUUGUACCUUCCUUCUCCUUCCGCGUGCCAACAGUGA